ACACGUACCUACCGUACUCCACCACUGCUGGAGGUAGUCAAAAACCAAAACGGAUUGCAGUUGGUUGGAUCUACCGUUCUCGAAGUAGGUAGUUAGGUAAAGUUCGCUAGCUAACUAGGUCGUCUCUGCCGAAGCAAUCGAUCGAAUCCUUGGACGUGCCGAACGCGAGCUCGCCCGCACGCACACAGCCGAUUCCAAUCCGUCCCUUCCCCGACGACGCUUGGAUCCUCCGGUACACUCACUGCACUCUCUGCGCCCCCACGACUACACCGCAUAGCUUGCACGAUGAAGUCUCCGUGUAGACUGUUGGUACUGUUGUCGUCUUCGGCGUGCUUACUGCUGCCGAUCACCACCACUGCGGGCUUUGUCGUUCGUUCCGCUCCCAGCCGAUCGACGACACCCGGCGCAUUGGCCGUGGCAUCGUCCGACGACCACGGCGACGCACCUCGUCGUCCACAACAACCACUCGUCACUUCCCGUAAACCCCACCAGUUGGCCAACGGACGCGGAACCUUUCUCGGCUUUCGCAACGUCAAGGACGUGCCCGGACUCCGGUCCUCCAAUCAACCCCUCAUGCCCGACGGGGGACUGAGUCCCUGCGUCAUUCGAGUGCUGGGGGUCGGAGGCGGCGGCUGUAACGCGGUGGACCGCAUGCUGGAAACUGCCGUGGGCGGUGUCGAGUACUGGGCCAUCAACACGGACGCACAAGCCCUGGGUCGUUCCAAAGCACUCGGAGCCAACGUGCUUAACAUUGGUUCCGCCGUCACGCGCGGACUGGGCGCCGGUGGCGACCCUGACGUCGGUCGCAUGGCUGCGGAAGAAUCCGCCCAAGACAUUGCUGCCAUGAUCCAAGGCACGGACCUGUGUUUCGUCACCAGCGGAAUGGGUGGAGGGACCGGAUCCGGCGCGGCGCCGGUGGUUUCCGAAAUUGCCAAGGAAAGUGGCGCUCUCACGGUCGCCAUCGUCACCAAGCCAUUCGCCUUUGAAGGACGCCGGCGGAUGCGUCAGGCAACCGACGCCAUCGAUCGACUGCGCCAGCACGUCGACACGGUCAUUAUCGUCAGCAACAACAAACUGCUAGAAAUUAUACCCGACGAUACCCCCGUCACCGCGGCCUUUCGUGUGGCCGACGACAUUCUACGACAAGGUGUAGUGGGGAUUUCGGAAAUCAUCGUCCGACCGGGUCUAAUCAACGUGGACUUUGCGGACGUUCGGUCGGUGAUGAAAGACGCCGGGAGUGCCUUGAUGGGCAUCGGAACCGGUGUCGGCAAGACCAGUGCCGAGGACGCCGCCAUUGCGGCUAUCAGCAGUCCGCUCUUGGACGAACCCGUCCAAGACGCCACCGGAGUCGUCUUUAACAUUCUCGGACCCCGCAAUCUGUCGCUGCAAGAAGUCAACCGCGCCGCGCGCGUCAUUUACGACAACGUACACGAAGACGCCAACGUUAUCUUCGGGGCUUUGGUAGACGACGAUAUUGAGGAUGAAGUGUCGAUCACGGUGCUGGCAACCGGGUUCAAUCAGGGACGAGGGCCCGGGGUCUCCAAAGCCGACGUGCCGGAUUUCUUGAGCAAAUAA